AAAGAGGGGGAUUUGAGGUUGAAAGUUAGUGGAAGAAGAUUUUAGGUUAGGUGCGGAUAGUUGUUGAGAGAGGAAAGCCUAUUACACAAACGACACACUGAGUCGGCUUCUAAAUCCCCACCAUAACCCUUCCCUUCCUAAAAAUAAAAAGGUCACAAUCUCUCUCUCUCGCACGCACAACAGGCUUCUCCAGAGAGCAAAGCCAAGCCAACCAAAAACUACGCACACGCACACCCGCUCCAGCAUCCCCAAUUCAAUCUCCUCCAAGACCCAGAUGGAUUCCAGUCUCCAAACCCCACAAUCCCGAGAAUCCUCCACAGAAGAACAGAAUCAACAACAACAGCUUCCCAUUGUUCUUUCCCAAUCCAUUUCGCUUCCAUUUGCCACUGCCUCUCUCUCUUUUUCUCUAUCCACAAUUCUCCCUACCCACUUUUUCAACCAGCCCAAAAUCUCUUCUCUGUUCUCCCGCACGCCAGCCAAGGCCAAAAUCCCCACUCAGGCCUCCUCUCUCUCGCACCUCUCUCUCUCCUCCUCUACCAUCUCCCUUCCUAAACUCUCCUUCAAGUCUACCAUCUCCGCCAACCCUCUUCAGAACGCUCUCUCUCUGGGCCCACGCCGCCCCGCAGACCCCUCCAAUGCCGCCGGAAUUCGUCGAGCCUCCAUUGUUUGGUUCCGCAACGACUUACGUGUCCAUGACAAUGAGUGCCUCAACUCUGCCAACGGUGAGUCCAUGUCUGUUCUGCCCGUUUACUGCUUCGACCCCAGAGAAUAUGGCAAGUCCUCUUCUGGGUUCGACAGGACUGGGCCUUAUCGUGCCACCUUCAUAAUUGAAUCGGUUGCUGACCUUCGCAAGAACCUUCAGGCUAGAGGGUCCGAUCUUGUGGUCAGAGUUGGGAAGCCGGAAACUGUAUUGGUUGAGCUGGCCAAGGCCAUUGGGGCUGAUGCUGUUUAUGCACACAGAGAGGUGUCACGUGAUGAGGUUAGGGCCGAGGAGAAGAUUGAGGCGGCCAUGAAAGAUGAGGGAGUCGAGGUGAAAUACUUCUGGGGAAGCACUCUGUAUCACGUGGAUGAUGUGCCUUUCAAGUUGGAAGAUAUGCCAUCGAAUUAUAGUGGAUUCAAGGAGAAAGUACAGGGAGUGGAGCUUAGGAAGACCAUUGCUGCAUUGGAUCAGUUGAAGGGGAUGCCAUCAAGAGGAGAUGUGGAGCCUGGCGAAAUCCCAUCCUUGUUGGAUUUGGGUCUCAACCCAACCCAGGAAAGAAAGCCAGUUGCUAAUGGUUUUAUGAUGGGUGGGGAGACUGAAGCACUACAAAAGCUUAAAACAAUCGCAGCAGAGUGCCAAGCGCAACCACCCAAAGGAGGCAGCCAUGACAGCAUAUAUGGUGCAAACUUCUCCUGCAAAAUUUCUCCAUGGCUAACCAUGGGAUGCAUCUCUCCCCGUUCCAUGUUUGAUGAGCUAAAGAAAACUGCUACCAGAACUAUUUCUGCUGCGUCAAACCGUAAUGAUGGUGGUAGCUCUCAAGAGACUGGAAUGAACUGGUUGAUGUUUGAGUUGAUGUGGAGGGAUUUUUUCAGAUUUAUCACCGGGAAGUACAGUUCUCCAAAGAAACAGCUGGAAGCAGCUCCAGCCACAGCUUGUACGGGUGCCCUUGCAUAGGUGACGAUCUAUUUUGGCUAGCGAAAGGAAGUUUUUUUUUUUUUACAUUAAUUGUGUUCUAUAAUCAGUCUCAACAGUGUAGCAGUUAGAUGUCGUAAUAGUGUUGAUUAAAGGGAGUUCUCCUGUCAAGCUUUCAUUCCUCCCUGUCAAAUAAGUUUGUUGAAUUUGGACACUGCGUUAUUUUAGAAACCUUUUCAAUUUUUGCUCCCUCUUGUGAAUAACAGAUCCCCGCUUUUGCAUU